CCCCGCUUGACAACUCCGCCAUGGAUCCAGAGCUCCCCGAGCUCCCCACAGAGCAGGCUGCGGAUGGAUCUCCACCCGGGGACACCGGGGGGCCCGGCGAGAGCCUCGAAGCCGAAGUGGACGGCGUGGACGGCCUCGAUGCCCAGGGGGCCCAGGGUCUGCCUGCGGCUGCACCAGCUGCACCAGCUGCUAUGUUGAGAGCCAAGGCUUUGGCCAAGAUGGCCAUGGAGGAUUUGAGACCUGAAACACCCAGCAGAAGUCUGGCCGCUUCUCAUGUACAGAAGUUGAGAGAGGAGUGCCAGGCUGCUCGGAGUCGAAUUCAGGCAAAUGUUUCCUCAGUGAGCAAAGUUUUUGAGAUCACACGGUCCCUGGAGUCCCACAUUGUGAAUCUUGAAGAUUGCAAGCACAGGGUGAAACAAAAGCGAAACUCUCGCUGGUCUGAUUUGGCCGUUUGCCAGAAACGGCUGGAAAUGUUGGGCAGAUUGGAUUGGUUUGAUGAGAGCAAACCAGAAAAGGCCGGCAGCAAAUCUGGCAAGGCCCCGGCCAGCAAAUCACCUCAUGUUUCUCGGGGCAAUUUGGUGGAAGCCUUAGAAAUUGAGCAAGAAGCCCUUCUGGUCCUUCGGCGCGAACUGGGCUCUUUGCUUUUGGAGGUGGACCCACUCAUGGGGGUCAUCGUCGACCUAAGGAAAAGGUUACAGCAGGAAGCCUCUGACAGGCGUGCUGCCAUGCGGAAGGACCAUGUAACCUUGACUCAACAGGAUGGCAGUGAGCGGGAAGAUGCAGAUGGGAGCAGUCUUCGAUCAUUUGAUGAUCGGAACUUUUGGGUCAAGAAAGCCCAGAGUCUGGAAGAGUCUGCGCAGCAGUUGUUGCAGAAAGCCUUCUCGACCAUUCAAUGGACUGACUUGGAAUGUUCCCAGGCCAACCAGUGUGUUUCCCAGUGCUUGGCCCGAUGUUCUGCUGAAGAUCAGAGGUUGAGACGGCAGCUGGAUGCACAGCUGAGGGACGUUGACUUUGCCAUUUCUUGUGCGGACUGGACCAUUAGCAAACCCGAAAAUCGUGUGGAAACAGCGUCUUCUCAAGUGCAGAGAGCGCAUGUUCUUUUACAUGAACUCACUGCGACCAAGAAGCAUUUGAAAUGUCUGGUGAGGAAGUGCAAGAAAGACUUACAGACCUUGGAAAGUUGCAGAAAUACAACUCCCCAUACCCUGGCAUCGACAAAGUACACGAGAUGCAGACAAGAGAAGCAGAAGGUGACGUCAGAUGAGGUGGAGCCGAAAACCCAAUGUGGAUUCGGUGAGACCCACGGAUUGACCCCAGAGAUGUUCGACCAACAGAUUGAUGUGGGAACUGAGUUGGAGCUUCAACGCCUCCAGGCCGAAGAGCGACGCCUGCGCCGCAGCCUGCGCUGCUACGAGAGGCGCCUGGAACGCUGCGCCGCGGUGAACGAGGCGCUGGCGGAGUUGGAGGAGUCCGUGGCGGAGGCAUUGAAGUUGGAGUGACCUGAACACGGCGAGCAGUUGCGGGGAAAAAACAAGUAUAAAAACUGUGAUUAUAUGAUAUAUAUUGAUAUAUUAUUGAGUCUUUUUGAAUUUUCUGGGAACUUAGUUUCGAAUAAUUCUAAGAGUUGAGUUUCAAACAUGUGUAGAGUUUAGCCGAGAGAUGUUGGAGUUGUUUGAAGAUGAUAGAUUCUGACACAAAUUGAAAUACAUCAGUUUCCCACACUUUGACUGCGGUGGUUUCAAUUUUUUGAAGUGAU